CCCGAGCCCCCGGCAGACGGGACACCCUCUGUCUGGCAGCAGACACUUUUCAUAGCAGGAAUCAAGAGGUGCAGGAGGAACCAAGAGGAUCAGGUCCAAGGAAGCGCAGACAAGACGGUCUUGGACUGGAUUUCACUGUUUGGCGAGAGCUAUGAGGAGAAACGGGAUACAAAACCGUUGCUGAACUCCCGUUCCUCUUGCUGGAUUGGAGCUGUGAGAGAGGAAGUUGGAGGGAAUUUGAGGAGGAGAGAGGUUUUGGGUUUAGACCAGCCCCCCGAGCUGCUGCAUGUUUCAACUAAAGCCUGCGCUCCUUCUGCCUUGUCAGUUUGACAGUGACUCAGCUCCCGGUCGGACUCCCCCGGCUUAAAAGCAGAUGAAGUGAAGGAUAAGGGCAAUCACACGUUUCUCCCGAGCAUCUGGACUCCCAAACCACGCAGAACUCAAGAGCACCGUCCUCUGGUGAAAAGAAAAAAAAGCAUCAGCAGGGAUUCUGGUGGACUUCGUCCAGAAGAAGCUCUGGUUACAUUUUGUGUGCGGUUUUUGUACUUUUUUUUUUUCUUGGCUGCUAUUGCCAACAACAUGCCAAGCAAAUGAUGAUAGACACGACUGCAUGUAGAAUAAAAAAAGCAGCACCCAUCAUGGAGGCUAUAACUUCAGCUUAUGCAGGAACUUCCCCGUCUACACCCAUGACCUCCGCCUCCCUGACUCCCACGUCUUACAGCUACCUGCACUUCUUCGGGGAAUACUAUAAUAAAACUGUCAUCCAGGAGCAUUACAACUUCACCGGUAAGCUGAAACCGGACCGGUUCCGCGAAGGGCUGAAACCCGAGAGCAUCGCCGUCCUGGUGGUGUGCGUCCUCAUCAUCCUGGAGAAUGCUGUGGUUCUCCUCGCCAUUUGGAAGAACAAGAAGUUCCAUCUGCCCAUGUACUACCUGCUGGGAAACCUGACUCUGUCCGACCUGCUGGCCGGGAUUACUUACAUGGCCAACAUCUUCAUGUCGGGACACUAUACUCUGAAGCUGACGCCUCUGCUUUGGUUCCUCAGGGAGGGGGGCGUCUUCAUCACACUGGCCGCCUCCAUAAUAAGUUUGCUUGCCAUUGCAAUUGAACGCCAUGUCACCAUGAUGACCAUGCGUCCGUACCACGGGGCCAAGCGGGGACGGAUGAUGGCGCUCAUCGGUGCCAGUUGGGCCCUGGCCGGGUUUUUGGGGGUCCUCCCCAUCUUGGGGUGGAACUGCAUCCACAGACUGGACCAGUGUUCGACGGUGCUCCCGCUUUACGCCAAAAGCUACAUCAUCGUUUGUGUGACCGUGUUCAGCGCGGUGCUUGUGGCCAUCGUCAUCCUCUACGCCCGGGUGUUCCGCAUCGUCCGCAUCAACACGCAGCGCCAGCGCGUGGGCCUCUCCGGCAGCAUGAGGAAGGGCCUGGCCCGUAAGUCGCAGAAGUACAUCGCCCUGCUGAAGACGGUGACCAUCGUGCUGGGCGUCUUCAUCGUUUGCUGGCUGCCCCUCUUCAUCCUCCUCCUGGUCGAUUUUUUCUGCCCCACCCGCGACUGCCAGUUGCGCGCGCUGCUGCACAAGGCCAACUACUUCCUGGGGGUUGCGAUAGUCAACUCGCUUCUCAACCCCAUCAUCUACACCCUGACGAGUAAGGACAUGAGGCGAGCCAUCCUCAGGCUCCUGUGCAUGCCGUGUCUGAUGACCAGAGACGGGCAGGUGAACAAGCUCGGGAUGCCAUUCCUGGAGUGCAGUUUCAGUAAAUCUGAGGUCGCCUCCCAGAAGUUAGAGGUCGGGCUGGAGACGACCAUUUCCUCCGGGAACGGUAUCACCACUCCAUCUCCAAUUAAAGCUCUGUAUCCCAAACUAUUCAAACCAUAAGGACCGAGACUGUUUGGACGUUAUGUCAAAAAAAAGAAAAAAGAAAGAGUGAAAGGGUUCACCACUGAACAUGUCCCCAGCACAGCUUCUCAAAGAAAGGAAAUAUCUGUGGUAUUCUGGAAACUGAAUCCAGAAAACGGCGUUUGCAUGAACUGAUAAAGGACAGACAAUGGAAACAUGCUCAGAUGUGAAAAGUGGUGUCGUCAAAGUUAUGGAACGAUGUAAAUAAACUUUAUCAGAACCUUACUACAAAACCAAAGUGUACCACUUAAAUGUGAAGCUAAAUAUCUUUUUUUUUUAGUAUGAUGUUAAUGAUGAGUCUCUUUAUCUAAUUUGCACUGAAUGUAAGCUUCUCUAAACUUGUCAUGACGCUAAAUGGGACAACAGAACACUCUUUUGUUAGGGUUCACUUCCUAUUCCCUCUGUUGUAUUUUCCUUUUGAAGUACCUUGAAUACAGCACUUGCAGCCGUUUAUCUGUGAAUCUGCAGAGGCCUGAAUUUCGCUGGUUCGAAGUCCCAUUUUGCACUAGAUUUGCUCAGAUAAAACCCAGCAAGAUCGACCCCUACGCCUGUCUGCGCACGUGAAGCAGAGGCGUUACGGGGAGGCAGACAGAUAACAGGAAAGCGGGAGUCGUGGGCGCUCACUUUCAAAAACACAGCUUGGAAAAAACACUACCGGGCUACUGGUGUGGGAGGGAUGCUGCAAAAUAAAACCCUCCUCCACUUCUUUCUUGCAAGGAGCAGAUGGCUAUUGGAUGUGGAGGAAAGUGGAGCGUUUUUAGGGGUCGUGUCCAUUUUUUUUUUCUCAAUGUCAGCCUGACAUUUGCAGUAAAACUGCAAACAGCAAUAACACAUAAGCAUGUCAACAGGUCACUAAUGUGACUAAACAGCAGAUGCAAACAAGCAGUUUGUCUUUGAACUUUUAAUAAAGUUGUAGAAGUCAUUUAUUGGCAGAAUCUGGAGUUAAGGACAAAACUGUGCUUGCAAGUUAAACCACGUGGAGUCAGUGCAGAUUCACUGUGAAAUUACUCUGAUGCUUACUUUAUUCAUCAUUAACAUUUCUGUUUAUAGUAUGAAUGUAAUAAAUGCGUAGCCACAUAUUCUUUAGUUCAGUCUGUCUGAGCCUCAAUCGAGGAAUAAGGCAGAAAUGUUUCGUGUUUUUUUGUACUGAAAUACGUGUAAUGAACUUUCUGUCUCCCUGGAAACAUUUUUAAAACACUCGUUUUGUAAAUUAUAUCUAUUUUGUUAAAAGCAAAGGCAAACAUCACCUUUCUUUUCAUAAAAGAAAUAAAAUAUUUUCUUAAGUCUC